GUCGCACGUACCUACUUACUCUCGGCUCUCGGCUCGGACGCCGGCUGUAGUUCUGUACCUAUAUAACCGCUAAACUAAACACACGCGGACAUACCCGCCGCUUUCUCACAUAUAAGUAUAUCAGUUGUGAGGGAAAAAUGGCGGAUGCAGCAAGCGUAGUCGCCGGUACGCCCGAAACGAGUCCGAUGAAAAAGACGAAGCUCAACCUCCAGGAAAAUGACAACAACGGCAGCUCGGCUAUCGAGGCCGGCAAACUCCAGGAGGACAGCGUCCACAUGACCAAGCAACUCAGCUUGUCGAACUUCAAGAUGACCCGCGUACUCAAUGUCAACAGUAUGCGCAAGCAAAUAUUCGUCGAGGGUCGGUUCACGAGCUAUGAGAGUCCCGCUGUAGUCAUCCUCGAAAAAAAAAUCUUCCCCGAGGACGAGAUAUUCCUCAAUCGAGGCUUCUUCAACGAAGGCACGAUCGUAAGGAAGACCUUCAGUAACGACGUCUACGGCAACUACGAGUGCUUUCCCACGCGAGAACACAAUGGUCUCAACAUCACCAUUAUCCAUCCAGCAACUCAAAAACACAUCGAUAAGUUUAUAAGAAAAGAAUUGUACAUGGUUAAUGAAACUUAUGAAACUUAUGAAAAUAUCACCAAACCUUUUUUGGAGGCUAACAACUUCUCCCUACAGUGGGUGGAUAACAUCCUAGCCCACAAGGCAGAGUUUGAAAAAAUUAUUUACGAAGACAGUGAUCCAGACAAUGGUUUUAUAAUGUUGCCAGAUUUGAAGUGGGACGGUUCUGUACCUACUUUAAGUAUAUUAGUACUAGCACGAAAAAGAAUCAAAUCCCUCAGAGAAUUGAAUGACACUCACCUACCACUUUUAAAGAAUAUUCGAGACUCUGGAGCUGAUAUCAUUUUCAACAAGUACAAACUUCCAUCUUCUCAGUUGAGGAUGUAUCUCCAUUACCAACCAUCGUACUAUCAUUUACAUGUGCAUUUCUCAUAUUUAAUGUUUGAAGCAGCAGGUAUUUAUUGCGAAAAAGCUCAUUUACUUUCAUCUGUCAUUAGUAAUAUAGAAAUGGUACCAGACUACUAUCAAAAGGCUGUAUUAUCUUUCAUUGUCAAGGAAGACGAUCCAUUGUGUAAAGAGUAUCAAGAAAAAGGUGUGUUAACUGUGAUUGAAAGUAAAAAAGGGCAAAUAAAUUGAAAAAAAAACUUGUACAUUAGGAAAAAUAUUUUUAUCUUUAAAUUAACUAAAAUUUUGCAUUGACGAAAGGCUCUUCUGUUUUAUAAUACAUACCAAAUACAUUGUAAUGAGAACAAGUUUUUCAUACUAACAAAAUCGUUUGAGACGUUUCAACUUAUUACAAUACUUAAUGUAUAUUGUAAAAUUUAUUAAACAAUGAAAUGUUCAAUUUUUGGACAAAUGUAUUUAAUAAAUUGUUCAAUUUAAAAAACACCUUAGUCAAAAGUAUUGACAAUCACAGUCUUGUAGCAUAGCUGUACCUUCUAUGGCAAAAUUGUGCACUUGAUUAAAUUUAUCGUCAAAGCCUUAAUAUUUUAAAAACACAAAGUUUUAUAAAGCAUUCAAAAAAAAAACUUGAUUAAAAAUUGUUGCGAUUCACAAAGUAGGCAUGUCAUACACAGUACAUCACACAAAAUCAUUACGUUGCAUUUAUCAAUAUUUAAUUAAAAUUAAUAUGAUUAUACUCUCACUUUAUGCGAUUGUGUGCUGUAUAUACUUUUAUAAAAUAUGUAAUAUUAGUUAUAAAUGAAUCGAUGAAUUAAAGUAAAAAAUAGUUAUCAAACUAUACCGAACGAUUGUACAACCACACUAUUAAAAUACAAGGAACGCUUGAAGUCGUCGUAAUAUAGACAAUACUAGAAUCACUGCAAUAUCUUACACACUGGACUUUUCAGUCGCUUU